UAGUUGGGGACUACACUGACCAGAAUGCAGUGCGGUCUAAACACAGAGUGUGAUUGGCCGGUGAGAAAAAGUUUCAGGAAGUAGUGCGUCGAAUUACAUUUGCCGACUAAAACUCCUCAUGACAAUCUGCUGUUGUGAUUAAACUAAUCACUCUUUUAUUCAGACAGCAAUCACAUGGCUUGCAGAAGAGUUGUGGUCUUCCCCUCCUCAGCGGAGCUUGGUCCGGUGCUGGCCCAACUGGUGACAUCUCGGGCUGAGAAGGCCAUCACCUCUCGUGGCAGGUUCACCCUGGGCCUCUCUGGAGGAAGCCUUGUGUCCAUGCUCAGCAAAGAGCUGCCCGUCCUGCCAGACCUGGACUGCAGCAAGUGGGUGGUUGCUUUCUGUGAUGAGCGGCUGGUUUCCUUCGAUGAUCCUGAGAGCACCUAUGGGCUAUACAAGGGUCAGUUGUUUUCGAAGGUCAACAUUCCUGACAACGGGAUCUUGACCAUCGACUCCUCUCUGCCGGUCAACGAGUGUGCUGAGGAUUAUACUCGCAAACUGAAGGAGGCCUUCCCAGAUGACGAUUUUCCAGUGUUUGACCUGUUACUGCUGGGUAUGGGGCCUGAUGGACACACCUGUUCCCUCUUCCCAGACCACCCUCUCCUGGAGGAAACCAAGAAAAUUGUGGCCCCCAUCAGCGACUCUCCCAAACCACCGCCACAGCGUGUAACUAUGACCUUUCCAGUGGUAAACUCGGCACGCUGUGUGGCUUUUGUAUCAACAGGAGGAAGCAAAGCGCCCGUUUUGAAGGAAGUGCUGGAGGGUAGAGAGGGUCCAGCGUUUCCAGCGGCCCGUGUUGUCCCGACUAACGGCGAGCUGUUCUGGCUUGUUGAUGACCCCGCAGCUGCCUCAUUAACUAUCCAGGUAGAGAGGCAAGGCUCAGGGGCCAAACUCUAGUGCUGUCAACAAAAGGCAGGAAGUCAACACUGGUGUGAGAACCUGAAUAGGAAACCGGAAAAUAGUGCAGAACAUUCCUACUUUCAAAUGAAAGUGUUAUUGCUUUUCGUAGGUGAGGUUGUGAGAUGAACAAAAUAAAAUGAAACAAAAUAAAUUAAAGACACGGUUGUAAUUUCAAGCACACGAUUCAGCACUUAUUGGAUAUUGGUUAGUGUGUGAGGUUUAUCUUUAUUCAAGUAUGCUUAAAAGUUCACUCAAAAAAACUUUUGCUUAUUGUUACUUUAAUGUCUGACCUUUUACUGUACAGAAUAAUGCAUAGUAUGUGCAGAGUUUGAUACCAGUCACUUGAAAAUAAUAAAAUGUGAAUUGAA